AGCAUCUCCCACCUUGCGGGCACAGGGAAGAGCAGCCACGUUGCACCAGACUGUGCCAUGAAUUAUUGAGUCACGGCAAGGCGAGGAGACCUUUGGAACUGGCGCAUCACGUGGGCACCGGACAGCCCUUAAGACGCCCCGACAGAUGCGCGGGGAAAGGCAGAGGCGCGCGUCUGCAGCCAUGACCGUCCCCAUCGCCAAGUCCUUCUACGACCUGAGUGCCACCUCCUUGCACGGGGAGAAGGUGGAUUUUAACGUCUUCCGGGGCCGCGUGGUCCUCAUCGAGAACGUGGCAUCCCUCUGAGGCACCACAGUGCGGGAUUACACCCAGCUCAACAUGCUGCAAACCCGCUAUCCCCGCCGCUUGGUCGUGCUGGGCUUCCCCUGUAACCAAUUUGGCUACCAGGAGAACGGCACCAACGAGGAGAUUCUCAACAGCCUGAAGCACGUGCGGCCGGGAGGUGGCUUCGAGCCCAACUUCACCCUCUUCCAGAAGUGCCAGGUGAACGGGCAGGACACCCACCCCGUCUUCGCCUACCUGAAGGCUCACUUGCCUGCACCGGCUGACGAGGUGGCCCAUCUGAUGGCCGAGCCCCGUUUCUUCACCUGGAGCCCUGUACGACGCUCUGACAUCUCCUGGAACUUCGAGAAGUUUUUAGUGGGGCCCGAAGGGGAACCUUUCCGACGCUACAGCCCCCGCACACCCACAGCCCAGCUGGAGCCUGAUAUCCAGCGUCUCCUCAAACUGGCCAAGUAGGGCCAGUUCCAGCAUCCCCCCCCACCCUCCACCAGUUGCCAUUCCCUCCCCAAACAGCCCCAGCUCUCCGCCGGGUGACAGCCCCCUCCGAAACUGCCGCGGGGAGGGGGCUCGAAGGGGGCAGAGGGCUGGGGCAACUGGGGUGGCGCAGGCUGGCAGUAAUAAAUGAGCUGGAGGGAGUGUGGCCAUGGCUGUGUGUUUU